ACACUUCCCAUGAUGCCCCGCGCCCCAGCUCCAUGUGGAGGUGUCUGGAGAACGUGCGUGUUCAUGACAUGUGUCUGCUGAGGUAUGGAGCGCUGCGAGGACUCUCCUUAAACCCACAGCAGACCUUUCAGAGGUGAAUGUCCUGUAGGUGGCGCUCUGUAGGUGGAGGAGGUGAUGCAGCGGAUGUGGGCUCCAGUCGCGGUGCGGCGCGUGCUCCUGCUGCGCUCCGUGUACCUGGGUCACACCUGGGCUGUCCGCGAGCUUCCUGCGACCGUCCGGACCUCACGCUGCUUCAGUUGCACUAAUGCCAUCAGGACAAAAGAGAGCCGCAAAACGUCCACGGAGGAAGAAACGCCAUUAAACCCGCCACAGAGUCUGGCGGGGGCCGAGGGUCUUUAUAAGGCUGAUACGAAGUCUACCCUUCAGAAUAAGGUUGACGUCGACCCUCUGCAGGACAAGUCUAUCGGGCUCAUUCAGAGAUUUAAAAAGACGUUUAAACAGUAUGGUAAAGUCAUGGUGCCUGUGCACAUGGUCACGUCCACUGUGUGGUUUGGGAGCUUUUAUUACGCCGCAAUGAAAGGCGUGAAUCUGGUCCCGUUUUUGGAGUUGAUCGGUUUACCGGAUUGGAUGGUGGGAAUUUUGCGAGAUUCCCAGGGUGGCUAUGCACUCACAGCCUAUGCAAUGUAUAAGCUCGCCACUCCUGCACGAUACACCGUUACACUGGGCGGCACAUCCCUGUCUGUACAGUACCUCCGCAAACAUGGAUACCUCUCCACCCCUCCACCUGUUAAAGAGUACAUUCAAGACAAAAUGGAGGAGACCAGGGAACGACUGACUGAAAAAAUGGAGGAGACAAAAGAGAGGUUUUCGGAGAAGAUGGAGGAAACCAAAGAAAUGCUUUCCGAACGAAUGGAGGAGACCAAAGAGCGAUUCUCUGGGACGAAAGACAAGUUUUCUGAGAAACUGCAGGAGACGAAAGACAAAAUGAAUUUCCAAAAGAAAGCCGACUAGGCUGUGGGAAGAGAAACGUCACUAAAAUCUCACGUACAGUGGAAGGUUUCACGCCGACAGUAAUUACCCUCACUAGGUGUUAGGUGUUGACUUAAAGGGAUAGUUCUGUUGCAGAACACAAAAGAAAUAUUUAGAAAAAAAAUUUUUGUUCGAAUAAUGCAAGUCCAAAACAACUGAAUGUAUUGACAAAAAAAAUAAGUCUUUUGUGUUCAUGCAUGUUUGAAACAACAUGAGGGUGAGUAAAUGAUGACAGAAUUUUCAUUUUUGGGUGAACUGUCCCUUUAAGGCAGUGAACGUGGUUUCCAUUCACUUAAGUGUUUUGGAGACAAGCGAACUUGAACUAGCAAUAAUACCAGAAUUAUAUUAAGCCAAAAAUCAUGUUAAGUGUGGUUUUGUGAAUGUAUAUUAGUUCAGUUGUUUUAAAUAUAUAUUAAGUAUUUCUACUUGAUUACCAAGUGAUAAAUGGGCCUGUCAGUAUCUACUUGAUAUUUAAAGCAACACUAUGUAACUUUUUUUCAGCGUUCAAAAUUUGAAAAAACAUACGAGUACGUCAUAAACUCAUCUUGCAAACGGAUUCGCUGCGGUACACUUACAUUUGGACUGUUGGGGCCUGUUUGGAUAACACAUACCUGGGUGGAUCGCCACAGAAGUAACUCCGGCUAGAAUGUUUUUCGCUGCCAGUUCUUUUUAUUAACCGCUAGAGUGCCAAAAGUUACAUAGCAUUGCUUUAAUGAUUUUCACUUGUUUAUAUCAUGCGUGUAUUCGAGUUCUUGUGUAUCGUCUACACUCAUCUAGACUAUACAGUGUCCUGAAUUGCAUCGUGUGUUUAUAUUGAGUAUCUGGACAAGCUGCUAGUUUUUUAUUAAUCUAAACUCAAAUCACCUUAAUAUUUCAAUGUUCAUUGAGAGAAUAAUAAAAUGGUUGAUCCGAGAAGGCAUAUCGGAUAUUAUUUCACUAUGUAAAAGAUAAAAAUUUAAGUGUUAGACACAUCAGCAACUGGUACUUUUAGUUUAUUAGUUUUUAACUGCAGUUGGACAACAGCAGAGGAGUACAAGCAUAAAAGUUUGACUAUAACAGUGAUUAGAGCAACAUGUUUUGAUCACUUUUUCUGAAAAAAAAAAAAAAAAAAACAGCAUUACAGUAACAGACCUUAUGCUUAAAACCUAUUACACCACAAUGAUUUAAAUAAAAUAUGUACAUGUGCAUGUAUAGAAAACGUCCACACACAUGAACAUAAGGAGUAACAUGAGCCGUGUAAAAGGUCUAUUAUUGUGUUGCUUUCUAAAGCCGAGUGUUUGUUUUCAGACACUCUAUAAGCAGCAGAGUGAAACAAGUCUAAAACCUUCUCAUCUUCGUUAGUUCUCUGCGCUUGUGCAAGAAAGAAAAGCUUCAAAAGCAUCUCGGUACAUUGCUCAAAAUGUCAACUGCUGUUAGUCAGGUGCUUGUAGUCAAAAUGGCAUCGCUAUGUACAUUAUCUUCAGGUAUAUAACUAUAGACAUGCGAAUACAAGCUACUGUACAGCGGAGCACCAGCACAUAAAUAUCUGCAAUUUAAAAUCUUUUUUUUUUUUUUUUUUUUGCUCCUAUACACCACAUACACAAGAAUGUCUGAAAUACAGUAUAUAACAAAAAUAAGAAUGUUAAAACUACAUCUCUCAUUUGGUUCAUUAUUAAACUUGCAAAGACAGGAAGCACAACACAGGGUGGCAUGAAAAGUCAUGUACAUGUUGGGAUUCAAGUGAACACCGCUGUUUUAAGCAAGACUGUCAUUUCACCAUCGCUCAGCGUUUGUGUCUGCGAGUGGGAGUCUGGCACUGCUAACUACACUUUCCACAGGUCCAUUCCAAUCUAGAACUUGCUUUAACCAGUUAAAGUUAAAACCGUUUUCUGCAGAAGCCUGUUUCCACCAGCGUUUAAAAAUAAAAUAAAAAAGGAAAUUGUCUAAAUUUGUUAAUGAAUUUUUUUUCUUCUAGCAGUUCAGUUUUUCCCCCACCCAUUAAGGAAUUAAACUCAAAAAGAAAAUAGUGACUUUUUCGUCUUACAAUUUUGAGUUCUGAAAAAAAAAAUAAUAAAAUAAAAAUCUGAAUGCAAACUUAGAAUUUGAAUUUUUCUCAAAUAUUUUUUUAUUUAAAAAUUUCUCCCCCUUUCAAGGAAUAAUAAUAAUAAUAAUAAAAAAAAAAAAAUAAAAUAUAUAUAUAUUCACUUCCACCUUGCAGUGGAAACAGGCUUUCGUAUUUUUCCGAUUAAAAACUAGUUGAUUAAAUUCCUUUGUGUGCAUGUGCCUUUUGUUGUUGGGGCAGUGUUUGAAGCAACAUCCUAAUCCAGAACACCAUUUCAUUCAUUCUGUACCAAGAUGUUACUCGAUAAAACAAAUGUGAGUUUGGUACUUUCAGAAUUAAGCAUCCUUCCGAUAAUGAAUUUCCUCGUUUGCCAAAAUAAUAAAAUUAAGUUAAAGAAAGCACAUUUGAACUGUAGGCAUUUACAAAUCCGUUGCCACCGUGUUAAAAUCUUUAUAUCAGCUAUAAAUUGUUACAUUAUUAACAAUGUCUUUUUUUCUGGUUUCUACCCAUUGGGUAGGAUAUGUGCAUACAGACUAACUUUAUUUACAGCACCUUACAAAUAAACAAAAAAAGAAAACAUUACACAGAAGAAGAAAGCACCAUUGGAAGUGAGGCACAGCUAAGGUGGGAACUUUUAGAGUGCAAGUGGGUUCCUACGUCGCUCAAAAAAACAACACGAUCGAUAGGCACCGAUUCAGCUCGUGAGUAACAUGCAAACUCCUUGGACAGUAGAAAACGGCAGAAAGCUCUUCCUUUGAGACAGAAACAAAUUGUGGAGAACAAAAGGGGAGAAUUGACCGGGAUGGACAGACAGGCAAAGCAAAAAAGUGCAGCAGAUGAGAAGCAGCAUAGCAGCAGCAGCAACAGCAGGAGCAGCAAACUGACUAGAGAAAGCACUGAAGACGGCCAGUGAAAAGAACACAUGGACAGAACGGGCUCUUGAAUUGAAUGCAGGGACAUUGUGCUCUCGCUCUUUGUAGCCUUGGGUCUGAGAGAAGCAUCACAUCUCAGGUUCUGCAAAGUGUUUCUGAAGUUCUGAGCUUUUAAAGCCAGCGCUUGAAAGUCCAGAGCAUCCAGACGCCAUUCAAGCAACUCUACCAAAUCUAGAUCAAGCCAAGCUGCUGGAAUUACGCAAUCCCAAUUCUAGCCAUUUUGAUGGGAAUCUAGAGUUUUUUGUAUUUUUUUCAUUCUUUUUUUUUUGUUUUUUUUAAUAAAUACUCUAAGAUCGUUACAUUCUGAAUCAGCUAGACUGUAAAUGUGAUAGGACUUUAGAAUUCUAAAUUGUAGCCUACAAUCCCAGGCAAAAAUUAUGGAACUUUUUUUUUUGUCUUGUUAUAUAAAUUAAACAACUUUUAGUUAGCUUUUUUUUUUAAAGCUUUUUAUCAAGAAAAGACAAUCAGCUCAGUGAGCCAACAAACAUUCCAGGUCUCAAUCUGAUUGAAAAAGCAUAAUCAAGAGGAAAGAAAUGAAAAGAUUCCAUCAUGCUAUUAGUUAUAAUAGUUGGAACCAGAUUCAUGGAGAACAGUUUUUAUUAGUAUGGCGUGUGUUUCAAAGAAUUCAGGCCAACAGAAAAGCCAGAGAAAUAACUUUUUUGUUUUGUUUUAUAUUUUUAAAUGUUACAUAAUGUUUCCUAUACUUUGUCUGGAAAAUUGUCAUCAAUUAAAAAAUUGGAUUAGUGUAAGUUUACGUCUUACAAAACCAGAAUGCUCAGCUAUUAACUGAAAACAAAGUUAAAAAAAAAAAAAAAAAAAAGCCAAAUUUUUCCAUAAUUUUUGCCAAGGGUUGAAACAGCUGGGAUUUAAAAAAAAAUUCCAAAUCCAGUCCAGUUGUUGUGGUUGUACUACUGUAAAUAUAGAAGAGGAGAGUGUUUGUUUAGUCUGGUAUGAAGUUCACAGGUCCAGACAGCAUCAUUCUGUCCAGCAGGAGAAAAAAAAAAAAAAAAAAUCCCACCAUGAGCAGAGAAAAAAUAAAAUAAAAAUAAAGCCAACUAACACAGACAUAAAAUCAAAGCAUUCAAACAUUUUGAUUGGCUGACUCUAACAUUCUGAGUACAAAUAGAGUAGCUUAUAAAGGUGAGUGUGUUGCUUUUUUUCCACCAUAAUCCCCAGCGAACAAAUCUAAAAUAUAUAUAUAUAUAUAUAUAUAUA